AUGUCCUCCGCUCAACCAUCACCCGGACCGUCUGCGUCAUCGUUGCCACCCACCGCGCCUUCGCGCGGACGCACAUCGGGGCUCGGCCUCAUGACAGGAGCGGCAGAAGAAAAAUACCGGCUCAAAGUGCGAGAGCUUAAGGCCAAGAUCAGGGCCGUCGAGCAGGACAAUGACAAGAUGUACACCAAAACGCUCGAGGCUAAGCGCAACAUCCAGCGCCUUCGUAUAGAACGUGCUAUCAUCUACGAACGUCUCCACGCCGGGCCGCCGCAGCCACCACCGUCGCCACCCCAACCUGCGUAUCGAGAUGUCGUACUGGCACCUACCGAUGUCGAGGGCGCUGACUAUUAUCGCAAAAACGACAUCCCCGUUCGCCCCGAGAUCGAUCCUCGCACAGGCCAGUACAUACAAGUCGCCCGCGCGCCUACACUUGCGCCGACUUCGUCGGGUCGAAGCAGUCGCCACCCGCAGGCGUCUCCGCUCGAUACUUUGCCUCCCAGCAACGCCCCAACUCACUAUCCCCUUCCUCCACCGGCGCAUGCACAGGCUCAGUAUGCCCCUCAGCCCUCGCACCACUACCCUCAGUCAUCUCCCAGUCGUGCAUACAGUCCUCCUCGACAACAAUCCAUGCACCGUCACCAGCGACUGGGUCCAGGUGCCAUAAUCGCGCAGGAUGCGGAGCGCGAUCAACAGCGGGUUCAUGAAUGGGAAGCGGAGCAAGCGCGCCGCCAUCAGCAUGGCCAACCGCCGUAUCCUUACGAUGCUCGCUAUGACAGAGCUCCAGACCGACGCUACGAGUAUGCGCCACAAACUGGACACCCAGCACCUCCUCCGGUGCCUGUAGAUGACAGACACUAUCGGGAUGAGCGCGAACGUGAAUACUCGCAUGGGCAUGUUCAUCCGCACGCCCAUUCUCACUCUCAGGGCCCCGGUCACCACCAACACUCCCACUCCCACCACUCUCAGAAUGAACUGUCGCGCGCCAGGAGCGGGUCGAGUACAAGCCACGCGCCACAUCACGAGCGAGAACGGGAGCGAGAGCGCGAGCGCGAUGUCGAGAUGGACGACCGCACAAGCGCGUAA